UCCAACAGAGGAAGACAAUUCUUCAUAUCAUCUCAAAAAAUAUUAUAUUUCGGUGUGUGUAACUCAAAUUUUAUUAAAAAAAGUAUUUUAAUACAAACAAUUUGUUUAUAAAAAAAUGAUUAUUUCAUUUUCGAUUUGAUUUAAUUUAAUUUUCGGUUUAUCUUUAAAUAAUCAUGAAAAUUUUUGCGGAAAUCUUAACCAAAAAUAGAAGAAUGAACUUUCCUAAAAGAGCCAGUGAAUUAAUAGCUUUAAUGGCUUUAUCGACAACAUUCUUUUUGUUUCUGCAUACGAGAGAUUUAAAUACAAGAUUGCGCGAGAUGGAGGUGAAAUUGCAACCAGAAGACAUUCUUACGGCCAAUCAAAUAGUUUCAGGUGAUAGCGCUCCCGCAACGGCCACAAGAGUAAAAACGAUGAUGAAGCUUCUGCAAAGCACUGGAAAGUUUCAGAUGACUUCUUUGGAACCGUACCAGUUGAAUAACACGAAAAAAGCAAAGCGAGACAUACUCUUUUUCAACCGAGUUCCAAAAGUUGGGUCUCAAACUUUUAUGGAACUUUUACGAUUACUCAGCAUGAGAAACGAAUUUGAAUUUCAUCAGGAUCGCGUUCAAAGAGUUGAAACUAUCCGAUUAGCCCCCGAAGACNGAAUUAAGUUUUAUUUUUAG